AUGCAAUCGCUGGCGAUCAUACCAUACAGCGGCGGGGGUGCGGCGGAGCAGCCCCCUUGCCACCGCCUGUUCACCCUCUUGGAGAGCAGUGAGUCCGACGCUCAGGUUCUGCGUGGCGCGGCCCUACCUCACGGUAGUUUUGGAGGCUUGCCGAGGAACACGAGGAGGCUGGAGGAAGGAAACGUCUUGCCCGCUGGCUCAGGAACGCAGCUAGGCCCUGCCUUGCCUCCGUUGAAUGUCGAGGGAGGCAAGGAGCGUCAUCAAUCAAAAUGGAUGAUCGUUUCCAAGGAGCAGGUGGAGCAAACUGCUGAGAAGAUGCGCGACCAAGCCGAGAAGAACAAAGCUUUGGAGACCACAGUCAAGAUCCACAAGCGCGAGCGCGUCCUGAUCUACGACGCAGCCAUGAAGCAAGCGGCCAAGAGAGAGUUGGAAGGCGUCAAUGAGGUGAAACAGGUGCUCGAACGACAGCAAGGCAUGAUGAGGGCAGAGGUUGACCAGGAAAUGCAGAAGAUCAGUGACCUCUACCAGGAACGUUGCCGAGACUACGCGACGAUGGUAUCUGAUGAGUGUGACGGCGAGGACUCCAAAGCAGCCACUGAUCUUCGGAAGGAUUGGGCUCGCCAGAAGAAGACCAUUGAUCAACUCGUGCGAUCUGGUGGGGAGGAAGACCGCCAGGUUUCGGUGAUUGCUAGAGCGGUUGUCGAGCAGCUUCAGGAGGAGCGGAGGGACGAGAUAGCCUCGCUCAGGGCCGCCAUUUACUCAGAUGUGAAGAUGGAGUUCGAGAGCCGGGAGGUAGCCUUGAGAGACACCCUCGAAAGCGACUUCCAGGCAGACCUUGAUGGACAACUUCUGUUGGCAGAGAUUCGGCAUCAAAAGGAGAUGAACCGGUUGCGGGUGGAGCUCGCUGGUAGCGAGAAGCCCACCACAGAGGCAAAAACUGGCGAAAUCGUCGUCUACAACCCAGAGACUCCUCAGUGCGCAGGAAGGGGUCAGCGCUCUUCGGGUACGUCCUCUUUCACGCCAUCCCCUUCUUUCUCGAGGCGCCCCCUGCACAAGAUGAACAUUAGUGAAGCAUCUGGAGGCAACAGUGGUGCUGACGGCGUACAUGUCCCGACGACUCCUCGUGGGACGCAGCUGGGUAGGAAAUUUCCCGUCUUCAAGACGCCAGUUCAGAAACAAAUCCCUGGUGCCAGCAACAAGAAGGCUGUCAGGCCGAAGGAGCACCCCGUGCGUGACUCCACCCGCCAGCCCCGCAACUCCUCUGUGGGAAGGCACACGGAAAUCUCCACGACAACCCCCAUCAGGGAGCAAGAGGAUGAGCUCGACGUAGGCAUCACAAGUGCACUCAUGGUGUCGCCCACCAAGGCUAUCUAUGGUGUCGUCACGCCAUCCAUCGGCUCCGAAGGGGAGGUAUCGGGCGAAGGGUCGUCGAGGCCAAAGAAGAGAGCGAAGAAGUUAUUCUCGACUGAGUGAACCUAGAGCAACAUCUUGUCUUUCCUCUUAGUUACGCUCAUAUCUUCUUUCCUCUUAGUUACGCCCAUUGUACAGUAGAGGUUAGGGCUUGACCUCCCGUUGUAUUCGGUUACGCAUGUGUCUGGAUUCAACGCGACCGUGCGUUGUUGUUUGUGUGAGCGGACGUCGUGCGUGCUUGUGAUGUGGCACUCCAACGGUGUUCGAGGUUGGCUCGUCCUUUCUGGUACGAAGGUGCGCCGCGCGUGAAGAACGUAUCAGACGCUUAGACCUACGUGCAGCAGUCCAGCAGAUCUACGUGCAGCAGUGUUACACCUAGCGGCAGGGAUUCGCUACCUCUAGGUGCGCAGGCAGGGAGUCGCUAACUUUGGGUGCGGCAUAGGCAUUGCAGCAGUGGAGGUCAGGGGAGG